AUGAGUGACAACAAGCAAUCCAACUUCCUUAUCAACUUCAUGAUGGGUGGUGUGUCUGCCGCCGUCUCCAAGACGGCUGCCGCCCCCAUCGAGAGAGUCAAGUUGUUGAUUCAGAACCAGGACGAGAUGUUGAAGCAGGGCUCUCUAGACAGACGCUACAACGGUAUCGUGGACUGCUUCAAGAGAACUGCUGCCUCUGAGGGUGUGAUUUCGUUCUGGAGAGGCAACACGGCCAACGUGAUCCGUUACUUCCCCACGCAGGCGUUGAACUUCGCGUUCAAGGACAAGAUCAAGGCCAUGUUCGGCUUCAGAAAGGAGGUUGACGGUUACGCCAAGUGGUUCGCCGGUAACUUGGCGUCCGGUGGUGCUGCUGGUGGUUUGUCGUUGCUUUUCGUGUACUCUCUAGACUACGCCAGAACCAGAUUGGCUGCUGACUCCAAGUCCGCAAAGAAGGGUGGUGAGCGUCAGUUCAACGGUUUGGUCGAUGUCUACAAGAAGACCUUGGCCUCCGACGGUAUUGCUGGGUUGUACAGAGGUUUCUUGCCAUCUGUCGUUGGUAUUGUUGUCUACAGAGGGUUGUACUUCGGUAUGUACGACUCCUUGAAGCCAUUGUUGUUGACUGGUAACUUGGAAUCCUCUUUCAUCGCCUCUUUCUUGUUGGGUUGGGCCGUCACCACCGGUGCCUCCACUGCUUCCUACCCAUUGGACACUGUCAGAAGAAGAAUGAUGAUGACUUCCGGCCAGGCUGUCAAGUACGACGGUGCUUUCGACGCUUUCAGAAAGAUUGUUGCUGCCGAGGGUGUCAAGUCCUUGUUCAAGGGCUGCGGUGCCAACAUCUUGAGAGGUGUUGCGGGUGCUGGUGUCAUCUCCUUGUACGACCAGUUGCAGCUAGUCUUGUUCGGCAAGAAGUUCAAAUAA